AUGGACUUGGACUUGUUUUCCUCCAGCCUCGGGAAGGAUCAAUUAGUAGAAGAAGAAGAACAACAACAACAACAAGACGAGCUGCAACUCCUUGUAGAUUUUGUUAGUUUUGAUGAUUGGGAUUUUGAUGUUGUCCCUUUACAACAUGAGUCUAAUGUGGAGAAAACCGUCCAAACGAAGAAAUCGUAUGAGAUUACUGAAUCAAAAAAGAGUAUGGAAACUCCAUUGCCUUCAGCACUCAAGAUCCUGAAAGAUUACGACAGCAGGUUUAGAAGAUCAAGAAGAUCAAACACAAAAAAGAACAUCAUUAGUAUGCAAAACAAUAAGAGUGAGUGCAUAAAGGCAAAUGGAUGCAAAUUAUCUACCGAUGAAAUCCUUCGUUUGGGUGCUGAAAAGUUCAUCCAAUCAUUUACUAUAAGUCGCGAAGAAGCAUACAUGUUUAGCCAUCCAUUUGCUAGCUCAUUUCUUGGCCUUUCUGAGGAUGACACUAGAAAUAUGACACUCAUCGAAUACCUUCUAGCUUCUGCUGAGAAAGUAGGGCAGAAGCAGUUUGAUCGUGCACGAAAGCUUCUUCAUGAGUGUGACAAGUCCUGUUCCAACAAAGGAAAUCCAAUACAGAGAUUGGCAUACUAUUUUUCUCGAGCACUUCACGACAGAAUUAAUUGGGAAACAGGAAUAGGUACCUCGAAAGGAAUUGGAAUGAAACGAUUAGCUUAUAUAGAGGAUUCGUUGAUGAGCUUAAACUCCUCUAUGAUUGCAGCACAUCAAAGUGUACCUCUGAAUCAGGUGACUCAGUUUGCCGGUGUUCAAGCUAUCAUCGAUCAUGUAGCAGAAUCCGAAAAGGUUCAUAUAAUUGAUCUUGAGAUUGGAAAUGGGAUGCAAUGGAUAAUAUUGAUGCAAGCUCUUGCCACAAAUCAAUGUGAAUCAUCAUUUAAACAUCUCAAGUUAACUGCUUUAUGUACCAAAUUCAGGCAUAAAAUUGAGGAUACAUGUGAGCGAUUAAUGAGCUUCGCAAAGUCCUUGAACUUGCCAUUUUCUUUCAACAUUGUAAUGGUUGAAGAUAUCAUGGAACUAAAGCAAGAUGAUUUUGAGCUAGAUAAUGAGGAAGUCGUUGCUAUAUUCGCGCAAUACAUUCUUAUGAGAAUGUUAGCGCGACCAGAUAAAUUGGACGCGUUGAUGAGAGUGAUCAAAGGUAUUAAUCCUCGAGCAAUGAUCGUUAUAGAAGUGGAAGCAAACCAUAAUUCACCUGUAUUCGUGGACCGGUUUGUGGAAGCUCUAUUCUUCUACGGUGCAUUUUUUGACGCGUUAGAGGAUUGUAUGAAACACGACGAAAAAAACAGGACAGCUACAGAAUCAGAACAUUUGAACCAAGGAAUAAGGAUCAUUGUGGCAGCUGAGGGUGAGGAAAGAACAAUCAGACACGUGAAAAUCGAUGUCUGGAGGAUGUUUUUCGCGCGAUAUGGUAUGGAAGAAGUUGAGUUGAGCAAGUCUUCAUUGUAUCAGGCAAACCUGGUGUUAAAGAAUUUUGCUUGUGGGAGUUCUUGCACUCUGGAAAUGAACCAAAAUUGUCUACUUAUUGGAUGGAAAGGAACCCCUCUCAGUUCACUUUCUGCUUGGACAUUUUCUUGA